AUGUCUAGUGUUUGUGAUUUGCAUGACAGUGACAGGCAUAAUGUCCUUGGGACUAUACAAUCUGACUGUGUUGACAGAUCCUUAGUUUAAAAUAUUUAAUAAUAUUUUUUAGCAUUAUGGGUAUCAUCAAGCAGCAGAACCUAUCAGGAAUAGGAGAGUUCUGCAGAAAAUUAUGGUCCUUUCUACAGAACCAAUUAAUUUAUACUGGCAUAUUAAAAUGAGGAUUGGGUGAAUGUAUUUCAAAAGGAUGGAUUAAAAGUGAUCUACUUUUUAUAGAACAUCAUAAGAAACAGAAAGGUGUUGAUAGGCGGGAAGAACACAACUCUGGAUGAUUUGUGCUACAGACCAAUAUCUGCAAAAGGGUGCUAUGUGCCAAGUCCAAUGGAUAUAUGGUUACAGGAUCCUUCCCUAUUAGAAAAAGACGAGGACAUUCAAUUCACAACUCUGUGCACAGAAUCAAUUGAUGUGAACCAAACGAAUAUCCCUUGCAGUGACAAGAAUGGAAUUCCCAUUAUUUUGGAAUCAGUAUUUGGUGGAAUAGAUUGUGAAGAAAGAGCAAAUGACACUCAGCCAUGUGACCAUUGUUACAUACAAGCCAAGACUAUGGCAGUAACUUAUUUAUUGAUGAACGAUGAAUUCACCAAGAAAGAUGCUGAAUAGUGGGAGAAGGAAGUUUGGAUGGAUACUUUGGAUGCCUUGAAUAAGAGAGAAUAUGCUAAACUAUACAAGUACUACGAUAAAACCUUAAUGCCUGCUCCUCGUGAAUAACUGUUAGACCAAUAUAGAGUGGCAUUUAUGGCAGAGAGAUCAGUCUCAGAUGAAAUAGAUGAUGAGACCAAUCAAAAUGCUUGGAUUGUAGUUGUUUCCUACUUUAUGAUGUUUAUGUAUAUUGGUUUUGCCAUUGGUCAAUUUCCAAGUAAGAUCUAUAACGGAUUUACAUUGGGUUUGGGUGGUAUCUUCAUAGUGGCUGUCUCCAUGAUCAGCAGUAUCGGAAUGGUCUCCUACUUCAGCAUCGGUUUGACAAUGAUCAGUUUAGAAGUUAUUCCUUUCCUUAUUUUGGCUAUCGGAGUUGACAACAUGUUCAUCAUUACUCACAACUACAAAAAGUAGAAGCAUCCAACUGUGCCUGAGAGAAUGGGACAUACAUUAAAGUAAGUAGGUCCCAGUAUCACAAUCGCAGCCAUUUGUGAGACACUCGCUUUCUUAGUAGGUUCAUUAACCAAGAUGCCAGCACUAUAAUCCUUCUGCAUUUAAGCAGCAGUCGGUGUAUUUAUUGAUUAUCUGUUGUAAAUCACUAUGUUUGUGGCCUUCCUCACCUUGGAUGAAUAAAGAAAGAAGCACAAAAGAUACGAUUUAAUGAUUUGCAAAUAGGACCCAAAUUAUGCAAUCAAAGAAGACAGAAAGCUGAUUCAAACAUUCUUCAAAAAACACUACUCUCCAUUUAUAUAGAAACCAGCCUGUGUGAUUACUACUAUAGUCAUCUUUGUAGCCUUAUUUGCCAUCAGUUGUGUGGGAAUAACCAAAUUAGAGGUUGGUUUAGAUGAAUAAGUGUCAAUGGUUGAAGGAUCAAAUCUAUUCAAUUAUAUGACUCUGGAGAAGAAGUACAUUGAAAUCGGACCUUUGGCUUAUUUAAUUUUAGAGAAUCUAGAUUAUUAAAAUCAACAUGAUCUAGAAUUGGUUGCCAAUUUGUCCAAUUCAUUAUCUUAAUUGAAUGAAACAGUUCAACCUCCCAUUUACAGUUGGGUGGCAUCUUUCAACCUCUUUAUUAGAGAGAAGGCAGAAUGGACAUAAGCUUGUGAAACAUAGGAUAUUGCACUCUAUGACUUACCUACUCAAUUGAAGAGAUUCUUGGGAGUCAGAAUCAAUUCUCCAUGUUGUCAAAGAUUCGGUAUUUGCGGUGAAACUUUCGAAGCUGAUAUCGUAUUGAAUGAAUAAGGUUAUGUCAAAACCAGUAGACUCAGAUUUUAACAUAGACCUAUUCAUAAUUCAGCAGGAUAUAUACUAUCCUUAGAAUAAACCAGACAAGUCAUUGAUAAAGUAGUUAAGGAUGCCAAUCUUAAAGAAAAUCAGAAGGUCUAUCCUUAUUCAAUGCCAUAUGUUUUCUACGAUCAAUAUUCCUACAUUCGUGCUGUUGCUAUAACAAAUGUGCUCCUUGCCUUAGCCACUAUCUUCUUCACUAUGACACUUGUUUAAGAUGUUGUUUGUGCUAUCAUAGUGGUGUUGUUUGUGUUUUUGAUUGCAUUCAAUCUCAUUGGAACUAUCUGGCUAACCAAUGUUAUCUUCGGAGGUUUUGUGAUUGAAAUUAAUGCAGUGAGUGUUGUUAACUUGGUUACUUGUAUAGGUCUUGCUGUUGAGUUUGUAGCUCAUAUUGUUAUCAAAUUCAGAUUGUGUGACGGUAAAAGAUGGGAGAGAGUUACUGGAGCUAUGUCAACUAUGGGAACUUCAGUCUUCGUAGGCAUUGCUUGCACUAAAUUCAUCGGAGUGGCUGUCCUUGGAUUUGCUCCAUCUACUCUUUUUAAACUUUACUAUUUCAGAAUGUACAUUUUGAUGGUCGUUUUGGGUGCUUUUAAUGGUUUAGUAUUACUGCCAAUAUUCUUGGGUCUAUUUGGACCAUAGUUCAGUAUUAUGAAUGUCAGAGUUAAAUCUCUCAUAAAUUAAUCAGAUGGACCUAGCAAUUCAUCCUAAGCUAAAAAGAGGCCAAGUUACGGUUGAAAUUGUAAUAUGUUAAAAUUAUAUAAAUUUGAAUUUUAAUUA